AUGGACCCACGAGUAAAGUAUCGGAAUGUCAAAGCGGUAGACUGUGAGGAAGUUCAGAAAAUGACGGAAUAUUUUAAAAGCAAAUCAAAGGCAAUCGAAGAAAAGAUAAUAGCUUUAUCCGAGGCGCGAGAACAGAAAAAGGCUGUCGACAGAGCACGCGUAAUAACUAAUAUCUGGAAAGAGGAGUGUAUUCAACUGCGAGCUGAAGAACGGGAGAUUAAUGGACAAAUUCGGUGUCAGACUUAUGGAUGGAUUUUAAGUGACCCUGAAACCGCGAAUUUAAUUCGCAUUUUGGAGGAAGAAGAACGCGAAUUCCAACAGAAUCUUGUAAAACCUCUGUGGACUUUAAGGUGA